AGCGAGCGAGCGAACGGUAUCCACACGGCCAACUGCUGCGUGUGUAUAUAAUAAUAAUGCUGCCGUGCGUGACGUAUUCUGCAUUUUGACUUACCGAAUCAAAACACAGCUGGUUGCGCGGGGAUCGAAAAAAUGAUCUCGCCGCGGCGAUGAGAUGAAUCUUCAUUACGGUUGAUAUCGGUGUGUCUGUGUGUGCGCUCUUAACAAUAAACAACCGUGUGUCUGUGUGUGUGCGUGUGCGUGAGUGCAGAGCAGCAGCAUGAGUGAGACAACGUCGCGCGAGGACGUCGUCGUCAACGACUACGACAACGACGACGGCGACAACAACGAGGAGGAGCAGCCGAUGCCGAUGCCCCAGGAUCUGGAGGACGACCUCGUGCAGGACGUGCUCAAGACCGGCACUGAUCUCAGGGAGUACUCGGCCGAGAUCGAGAGGCAGCUGACCGACGCCGAGAACAGCACCAUCGAGAGCAUCGUCAAGGAGGCCGAGAACAUCGCCCUGCUGCACACUCAAGUCACAGAGUGCGAUUCCAUCUUGGAGCAAAUGGAGUCCAUGCUGCUGGGCUUUCAGUCGAGCUUGGGUAGCAUCAGCGAGGAGAUCCUGUCGCUGCAAAAAAAAUCCAUAACCAUGAGCCAGCAGCUGACCAAUAGACAGAUGAUUCGUGCACCGCUCAGCCAAUUCAUCGAGGACAUGACCGUAUCCGACAGCCUCAUAAAAGGUAUCAUGGAUGCACCGGUUACCGAGACAGAGUUCACGUCCAAUCUUGAGAUUCUCAAUCACAAGAUCAACUUUAUGAAGGAGCAGAGCUUCAAAGAGACCAAAGCUUGCUUCGACGUGAAGGAUACUUUGGAGAAGUUGAAGCUCAAAGCUAUUGCCAAAAUAAGAAGCUAUCUUCUGGAGCAGAUUUAUAAAUUCAGAAAACCAAUGACUAAUUUUCAAGUGCCUCAAAAUAAUAUGCUGAAACAUAAACUGUUCUUCGAAUUUAUCCUAGCCAACGAAAGAAACAUUGCGGAAGAAAUUUGCGCAGAGUACAUCGAUACUAUGAGCAAAAUUUAUUACUCUUACUUCAAAUCCUACUGUUCUAGACUGAAAAAACUGCAGUUUGAUGAGAAUCCAUCAAAAGAUGACUUAAUGGGAGUUGAAGAUACAGCCAGCAGAGGCUUAUUUCACAAAUCCCACUUGAAGCAUCGAGGAACAGUAUUUUCUAUAGGUGCUAGAGGAGAAGUUUUAUCAACACAAUUAGAAUUACCAAUUAUAGUUCCACAUACCGCAUCUAAAACAAAAUAUCAUUAUGAAGCUCUAUUCAGAAGUGAGCAAUAUGCCCUCGUUGAUAAUGCAUGCAGAGAGUACUUAUUUCUUGUUGAAUUUUUCAAAGUCAGAGGAUCCCAAGCCCUAGAAAUAUUUAAUCAAGUAACAGGAAAAACAUUAAAUUUGCUGAAAAAAAAUCUACAAUCAUUUGUUGAUGACAGUUAUGACGCCAUUGCUUUAUUUUUGUGUUUACAACUUGUUAUGAGGUAUCAAUUAAUGUGCCACAAACGUGCCGUACCAGCACUGGACAAGUAUUGGGACCAGAUGACAGCAACCAUUUGGCCUAGAUUUGAAUAUGUAUUCAGGAUGAAUAUCCAAAGUAUUAAAGAAUGUGAUCCCAUGAAGUUUCCUGCCAGAGAGACAGGGCCUCACUAUAUUACUAGAAGAUAUGCAGAAUUUAGUGCAGCUAUGAUUGGCGUUGGAGAGGGUUUCCCAUGCGAAGGUGCUACACAAUUAUUAGCAGAACUACGUGAAGCUGUGCAAUGUUUCCUAUUAAGAAUGGCUGCUAUUUUUCCUCAAAGAAUACAGCAACUUAUUUUUCUCAUUAACAAUUAUGACUUGGUUCUUGGUGUGCUGAUGGAGAGAACGAGAGACAACUCGAAAGAAGCAGAGAGUUUCAAAGAGCAACUGAACGCCAGAUCGACCGAGUACGUUGAAGAGAUCUUGAGUCCGCACUUCGGCGGCAUCAUACAGCUCGUAAAGGAAUUCGAGGCUCUCAUCGAGAAAGGCCAAGCGGAGGAUCUGAAGAGGCAAGAGAGCAAAGCCCUGUCGCUGGUGCAAUCCUUCACCAACAACUGGAAGCGAGCACUGGAGGAGAUCAAUCGCGACGUGCUCAAGUCUUUCCCGAGUCUCAUCUUGGGCACGUCCCUCGUUCAGCGCGCCAUGACGCAGCUCGUCCAGUAUUACCACAGGUUUCACAAAAUUCUGCCCGCCAACGUGCGGCCGCAAUUGACCAACAUCCACCACAUAAUGAUCGAAAUUAAAAAAUACAAAACGAGCUACUAAUUUUUCGUAAAAAACGAAUCGUAAACUAUUACUGUUAAACCACUGCAACUCGACGUUUUACGUUUUUCAAAGAUCUUAUUUAUUAAUUGUACAUAAAAAGAAGAAGGCGAGCACGAUUGAUUGCAAUGUUAAAAUUUGUGAAAGUAUCGGUUGAAAAAUUAAUUUCCGACGUUAAAUACCGACGUAAAAACGAUAGGCUCUUAGUUUUUAUACUCGCAAAGUUAAGAUUUAGAAUAAUCUCUCGCUGAGCGGCGUUGAUUUGAUAUAAAAUGUAUAUGUAAAUACCAGCGUCUUCAAUAUAUUAUAUUAUAUUAUAUUAUAUUAUAUUAUAUUAUAUACAUUAAGUAUAAUGGGUGAAUUGUAACGUGAAGGCCGUUUUAUGGCUAUUUUCACGCUAAAUAAAACCAAGA